GUGUUAUAUGGUGUUCUAGCGCAGUAUAAGGUGCAGUUAUUUGAGCAAUAAAUUAAAAAAAAAAAGAAUCAAGAAAAGUUUAAAUUUGUAAAGAUAUUAUUAUUUUCUUUUCCGAAAGUGUGCGAUCUUAUAAAGGUUUCGUCGGUUCGCAUAUCAGAGCCUGUUUUUCAAACGCCUUUCUGAAUGACUUCAAAAAAGUAAAAGUUUUUCUUCAGGGGAAGCCACCGCCUCUUGACGCAAAGGAAAAACUGAUUGGAUUGGAUUUCAGCAGUGGAUACCUACGAAUGAAAAACACUUUGAAUGAUUUCUGCGGAGUUAAUGAAACUAUUUGACGUAUGUUUAAAUUACUAACAUUGCAUUUGUAAAUGCAAUUACUGUUGGUGUUAAUACAGAAACCUUUCUCAUCGAUUAGUUGGUAGACUAAGCUAUCCUUUCAAUUUGAGAAAAAGUGCUUCGAGAUAUCAAAUCUAAAAAUGCGUGGUUGCUAGAUGAAAAUUUCUUGUGUACAUGCAAAAUAGCAGAAAAAUUAGCCGUACACAAAGGUUGCUUGCUAUAGUGUAAUCUAGUUCUCGCUGUACGGAAACGGAAAAGGGAAAAGGGUGGAGGAGUAAACAAAGCGUCAAAUUACGUAGUGCAAGAGUAGAAACGUAACAAAAACGCUAAAGAGAAAAAAGGCAAUAAUAGGUAACUAGAGGUGUGUGAGCCAUCACCGAAAAAAGAAGUGUAAAGUCGGAAAGCUUGAAUGUUUAGUUCUACCCAUCGGGUGCUUCCGGUGUGCUUGGUUGAAUACCUACAUGAAGAUUCCCGCUUCACUCGAGUGAGUGUUUAAAAUUAAAAUUUUGAACAACAAGGCAAGCAUACCUACUACUAGGUAUCGAGAAUGAUUGAUCAAGCUUUAGGAGUUUGAGAGAAAAAUCAAUAUCCCUCAUUGGAAGUUGAAAGCCGUGAAUUGUGCAGAAGUGAUAUACCUAUCUAGGUAUAUGUAUAUCCGAUAAGUAAAAAAAAAUUAAAUUUGAAUCACAUUGCAAUCUGAAGCUGACAAUAUGGCCUUGGAAGAAACACAGAAUGGAUCGGUGGUACCGCAGAAGGAUGUCGCACAAAAACAGCAGAUACAACCAUCCUCGUCCACCGAGAAGCUGAAUGCCGUGGCCAAUGGUACCGAGAAAUCUCGGAACAACAAUAAACAGAACGACACAAACACAGCUUUCCUCAGAGCAGCACGAGCUGGUGAUCUGCCCAAACUGAUAGAGUACCUCGAGACGGGACAGGUUACAGACAUAAACACAUGCAACGCGAACGGAUUAAAUGCGUUGCACCUCGCCGCCAAGGAUGGCCACUACGACAUCGUGCAGGAGUUGCUAAAACGGGAAGCAAACGUGGACAAUGCAACGAAAAAAGGCAACACGGCGCUGCACAUAGCCUCACUGGCGGGCCAGAAAGAUAUCAUCCAGCUGCUGCUCCACUACAACGCCUCCGUUAAUGUGCAAUCGCAGAAUGGCUUCACGCCGCUCUACAUGGCGGCCCAGGAAAACCAUGACGAAUGCGUGAACUUGUUGCUGGCAAAAGGAGCGAAUCCGGCCCUGGCUACGGAGGACGGAUUCACACCUCUGGCCGUAGCAAUGCAGCAAGGUCACGACAAAGUCGUUGCGGUUUUGCUAGAAAGUGAUACUCGCGGUAAGGUGCGACUCCCGGCGCUUCAUAUAGCAGCGAAAAAGGACGACGUCAAAGCAGCGACGCUGCUACUCGAGAACGAGCACAAUCCGGACGUGUCGUCCAAGAGUGGUUUCACGCCGCUGCACAUAGCCGCCCACUAUGGGAAUGUCAAUGUCGCCCAGCUGCUGAUCGAGAAAGGUGCCGAUGUAAAUUUUACCGCGAAGCACAACAUAACGCCGCUGCACGUCGCCUGCAAGUGGGGAAAACUGAAUAUGGUCUCACUCUUGAUAAAGAAUAAGGCUCGCAUCGACAGCAUCACGCGAGACGGCCUUACACCGCUGCAUUGUGCUGCACGUUCCGGCCAUGACCAGGUCAUCGAGCUGUUGCUGGAAAACGAUGCCGACAUUAUAGCAAAAACGAAGAAUGGGCUGGCUCCACUUCAUAUGGCAGCUCAGGGCGAACACGUCAGUGCAGCCCGGAUUUUGCUGGUAAAUAAGUCUCCGGUAGACGACAUUACAAUCGAUUAUCUGACGGCUCUUCACGUGGCCGCUCAUUGUGGACACGUGAAAGUGGCCAAACUAUUGCUGGACCGCAAUGCCGAUCCCAAUGCAAGAGCCCUGAACGGGUUUACCCCUCUUCACAUUGCUUGCAAGAAAAACCGGAUAAAGGUUGUGGAAUUACUACUGAAACACGGUGCUACCAUAAGUGCAACUACCGAAAGCGGACUGACACCCUUGCACGUGGCCAGUUUCAUGGGUUGCAUGAAUAUUGUGAUUUAUUUAUUACAACACGAUGCUAGUCCCGAUAUACCGACGGUGCGAGGAGAAACACCGCUACAUUUGGCUGCUCGAGCUAAGCAGAGUGAUAUCAUUAGAAUUCUGCUUCGGAAUGGUGCCUACGUGAAUGCACAGGCCCGUGAAGAUCAAACGCCGUUGCACGUUGCCUCCAGAAUCGGUAACGUCGAUAUUGUGAUGCUGCUACUGCAAAAUGGUGCUAAGAUUGACGCUGUCACUAAGGAUAACUACACUCCGUUGCACAUUGCCGCCAAAGAAGGUCAGGAGGAUGUUCUGGCCGCUCUGUUGGAAAACGACGCCAACAUGGAAGCCGUCACGAAGAAGGGCUUUACUCCGCUUCAUUUGGCAGCUAAAUACGGAAAUUUGAAAUGCGCACAACUUCUUCUCGAUCGUGGAGCUCAAGUGGAUGUUCAGGGCAAAAAUGGCGUUACACCGUUACACGUUGCUAGUCAUUACGAUCAUCAGAAAGUGGCUCUACUCCUACUGGAGAAAGGUGCUUCUCCCUAUUCGCCAGCUAAAAACGGCCACACUCCGUUGCACAUUGCUUCCAAGAAGAACCAAAUGGAUAUCGCCAAUACAUUGCUGGAGUAUAGGGCAGAUCCUAAAGCUGAAAGCAAAACUGGUUUCACGCCGCUUCAUCUCAGUGCCCAAGAAGGUCAUCAAGACAUGUCCAAGAUGCUGCUGGACAACGGCGCUAAUCCUAAUCAUGCUGCCAAGAAUGGUCUAACUCCGCUUCAUCUGUGUGCUCAAGAAGACCACACGGAAAUAGCGAAAACAUUGUUAGAUUCUAACGCACAAAUUGAUCCCUCGACCAAGACCGGAUUUACUCCGCUACACGUGGCUGCCCAUUUCGGACAAAUCAACAUGGUUAAGUUCCUAUUGGAAAACGAUGCAAAUAUCGAGAUGAAGACCAACAUCGGCCAUACUCCGCUGCAUCAGGCAGCUCAGCAAGGCCACACUUUGAUUAUAAAUUUAUUGCUGAAAAACAAAGCUAAUCCGGAAGCGGUUACCAACAGCGGCCAAACGGCGCUCUCCAUUGCCGAUAAGCUGGGCUACAUCACUGUCGUCGAGACGCUCAAAGUGGUCACGGAAACCAGUGUCACCCAAACGGUGGACGAAAAGUUCAAGAUCGUCGCACCGGAAACCAUCCACGAGACGUUCAUGUCGGACUCGGAAGAUGAAGGCGAAGAUCCGAUCAUGUCCGACCAGCAGCAGUAUAACUACAUGACGAGUGACGAAAAUAAGCAGUUCGAUGACACCAACAUCACCAACAUGAGCAUUGAUCCGAUGAAGGAUGAAAAGUACUUGGAAAAGAUCAUCUCUAGUGCAGAGAAGUACACCUCGAUGGCGCCUCGUGAAAGCACACCCAAUCCACUGGACAUAACUGUCACCGAUAAUGUCAGCAUCACCCGAAAACCGAUUCAUGUCGGAUUUCUAGUAUCGUUCCUGGUCGACGCACGGGGUGGCGCGAUGCGCGGAUGUCGACACAGCGGUGUACGUGUCAUUGUUCCACCGCGAUCAGCGGCCCAGCCAACACGUAUCACCUGUCGCUACGUGAAACCGCAACGAAUAGCUAACGCACCGCCGCUGAUGGAAGGCGAGGCCCUGGUCAGCCGUAUUCUGGAGUUGGCUCCGGUUGGGGCAAAGUUUUUGGGACCGGUCAUUAUUGAGGUUCCACACUUUGCUUCGCUGCGCGAAAAAGAACGCGAGAUUAUCAUACUUCGUUCGGACAACGGCGAAACCUGGAGGGAGCACACACUGUACGACAGUGAGGAAGCAAUUCAUGAUGUGUUGAACGACACGUUCAAAGGUGACACACUCAAUUUCCUGGAGGAUCUGCACACAAAUCGCAUCACUAGGAUUCUGACAAACGAUUUUCCACACUAUUUCGCUGUGGUGUCGCGAAUCCGACAGGAAGUUCACGCUAUUGGACCGGAAGGUGGUACCGUUUCUGCCACCGCUGUUCCCCUGGUUCAGGCAAUUUUCCCUCAAAAUGCCCUUACAAAGAAGAUUCGCGUAGGUCUGCAGGCACAACCGAUCGAUAUGAACAUGACAGCAAAUUUGCUUGGCAGAAGUGUAGCGGUGUCGCCUGUGGUCACCGUUGAACCAAGGCGUCGCAAGUUCCAUAAGGCUAUAACUCUAAGUAUGCCGGCUCCGAAAGCCUACAAUUCGGGAAUGAUCAAUCAGUAUUCCGGUAAUGCUCCCACGCUGCGUCUGCUUUGCUCCAUCACCGGCGGUCAGAACAAAGCCAUAUGGGAGGAUGUUACCGGUUCAACGCCAUUGACCUUUGUGAAUGAUUGCGUUUCGUUCACAACGACAGUGUCGGCUCGCUUUUGGCUCAUGGAUUGUCGCAAUAUCAAUGAGGCCACUAAGAUGGCAACAGAACUGUACUCACACACAUCACACGUCCCUUUCAUGGUGAAGUUCGUUGUAUUUGCUAAGCGAGUUGAUCAGAAUGAGGCACGGUUGAGUGUUUUCUGUAUGACCGACGACAAAGAAGAUAAGACUUUGGAGCAGCAGGAGCACUUCACCGAGAUUGCUAAAUCUCGUGAUGUCGAAGUGUGCGAAGGUCGGCAGGUCUAUUUAGAAUUUGGUGGUAAUAUUGUUCCGAUGUUGAAGAGCGGAGAGCAACUGUCUAUCCAAUUUAAUGCGUUCAAAGAAAAUCGUCUCACAUUUACGGUAAAAAUCAAAAACAAUCUGGAUGAUUUGCUGGGUCGAAUUUCGUUUAUGAACGAACCGAAAGUGGCCAAGGGAGAGCCAACGCCUACACCACUGUGUACGCUUAAUUUCACACUACCACCGGAAAAAUACGGUCUUGGUGGGGAUGAGAUGGAAACGGCCUCCGAGUUUGAUCUGAGUUCAACCGAAGUGCUAAACUACGAUCAGCAAUCCGUUGUAAAUGCAGCGAAUCGAAGCAAAACAUUGAACUUUACCUUCCAAAACGGUGAUGUGGGUAGUGAAAUACACAAAGCUGAUAUUAAAAUCACCGACAUAUGCAACCUACUGGGCUCCGACUGGCCACUGCUGGCUGAAGAAUUACAGAUUUCACCGACCGAUAUUGAUCUAAUUAAGGCGGAAUAUCCUAACGACGAAGCCCAGCAAUCGAUCGUUAUGCUACGACUGUGGCUCCGCCAGGCUGGUAAGGAAGCCACUGGAAAUGUGCUGGAGCAAGCUCUUAUCAAGAUCAACCGAUCCGAUAUUGUCAGUAAGUCGAUAACAAAUCUGGAGCUGGUCACCGACGAACGUGAACGGAAGCUUGCCAAGCAGCAGCUUGGUUCGGCGAACGGAAUCGAUGAGGUGGAUCCGGUGAAAAUCAAUGGGAUAGAGUGCAAUUUGGAAGAUUCAACACAUGAACCGACAGACGAAAAGCAGGAACACGAGAUGGAUGAAAAGAGUAAAGAACCUUCGUCGUCCUCAUCACCGGACAACACCGAAGCAAUUCAGCAGAUUCGACGGGAAAGUGGCGCCAUGUUUGGCAUCGCUUCCGUUAAAAAGCAAGACGUCGGGACUCCUCCACCCAGUCCAGCCGAAUACAACAAUCAACCGGGCUCCGAACCCGCGGACAGAGAGGAGGUCGCAGCCGUGGUAGAAGACGUACAAGAAAUCAUCCAGGCAGCAAUCGCGGAACAUGACACCACCGGAGAUGACGAAGAUUCCGAAGAAAUCAACGAACCGGUCAUGGUACAGCAUAGAAUAACAAUACAAAAACCUUCGUUCGACUCCGGUGAUAACGAAGACGAGGAUGAAUCCGAAGAUUUUGAGCAGCUUGACCUGGAAACUGAUAAGAGCGGCAAAGUAAAAACAAUCAAAAAACACUCGAAGGUCAAUAUUAAAAUUAACAAACAACUGGCUCAGAGGCCGACUGUUGAGGACAUCGAGUGGGAAGUCACUCCGUCCGCAGUGGCGCCAACCAGUGAUGGCGAGGAAGUUCCUACGGAAGUGGUUACAAAAGAGAUCUCAUCGGUUAAUUUGGAAGACGUUUCCAAUGAUCGAAGGUAUAGUUUGGAUAAUAUUGAUCCACUACCGCCAGGUUCCCUGCGUGUUGAUUCGGGACGUGUCUUUGAGAAAUCUUUCUCGACGCCGGGCGACGAUCAGCAGAAAGGAGAGCAGAUUAUAAUGAUUUCAUCCGACAAUAACAUUUCCGAGGUUGCAGCAGACUAUUCCGGUGACAUAGAUGAGUUUAUUUUUGUUCAAACUUCGCCGGAAAAUUUCGCACAAAUCGAACGGGAACAGAAUGCCACCGAUGAGGACGAUAACAGUAACCUGGUAAUCAUAACCGAAGAACACUAUGAUUAUGAGAUGGAAGACGACGAUCGAAGAUCGAGUGUGGUCGAUCAAUCACCACAGGAUGACGAAGAUGACGGUCCGCAAAAGUUCAUUGUAGGCGGCAGUAGUUCCGAGAGCGAUGAGGAACGUGUUAACGGUCAUCGAAGUAGUAAUCUGACCGCUAAUCGGGGGAUCGACGAUGGUUCCAAUUGCCCCACACCGUCCAUCGCGGUGACACAACCAGGUGCGACUACUGCUGGUACGGCCAGUUACUCGACUCGAACCGGUGGCUCAUCCAGUGGAUCCGACGUGGCAUUGCACGAAACUGGCGGCGAGCUAAGCGAUGACGACGAAACAGAAAAUUAUCUAGUUCAAAACAACGACCUCGCUAUGACAGUGGAACCCCCCAGUGAACCACCAGCAACGGCAGCAUCCACCGAUCCCGGUAGCUGCCGGACGGAAACAAACACGAUCGUCAACGAGUCCGAUGAUGGCACGCUUCGCACCACAGUGAUCACCACGACCACCACGAUCAACGCUACAUCUGAUCAGAUCCCGGAAGAUCUCCAGCAGCAGCUGUACGGCCAGAUGAAGGCAGCUGCCGCAGCAGCUGGCCAGGAUGCGCAAAACUCGGUGGUGACGACCACCGUAACGACUUCCGACGAAUCCGCGGAACCAGGUUCUCCGAAUAGCGCCAAAUCAACGACCACGACGACGACAACGACGAAAACUAUCACACUGACCUCAACCGAUGGCGAUUUUCCCGAGGAUGAACUGCUGCAGAAGAUUACCACGACCACUCAGCUGCUGCAGCAGUCGGGCCUGCCGGAGGUGGUGAAGGAAACACGAACUGUCACCGUGCAGGAAGCGGUCGACGGAAAACUCGACGGCAAACCUUCGAUAAACGCGAUCGUUGACGAGUUUAUGAACGAGGAACGGAAGAACUAAUUGAUUCUUCGCGAUGCUUUAUCAGUUCAAAAGUUUUAGACGUAGCAAGUCGAUAAUUAAGGUUGAAAUUAUUCUAUUUUUGUGGCCAAAAAUUGAAAUCAAGAACAAAAAUUUAAUGAUAUUGAUACAUUGUGUAAGACCGCAUUAGAGCGUAGAAUCGAAAGUUGUUUUUCAAUUCUUCUGCAAGUUUCUCAAUGAAGGUUUUCAAUUUUUAUUGUAAUGAACAAUGUGUUUCUUGGCACAAUCAGCACCGUAAUGUAUUAAAAAAAAAAAAGAAACUAACACACGAACACACCUAAAGUUUUCAGAAAUCCUAUUCAUUUAACAGUGCCUAAGUUACACAGUUUUUCUGUAGUACCGUACUAGAACGGAGUGUGCUGAGCGAUUAGGAUAGUGUAGGAGUACCGAACAGAUUGAACAGAGAACAGUCUUUCGCUUCAAGCGAUCGGGAUUGUAAAUUAUUCUACGGAAAAAGAAUAGAUUAUUUAUUUUUCUAACAUUUAUUGAUGCCGUACGCGUUCAGGCAGGCAGACAGACACGUAAAUUGAUCCGACAAUUUAUUCUAUAUUUUGAUAGGAUUUAAAUAAACGGAACGACCGGCUAAAAAUAUAUUUUUUUCUGAUAGUGAAUGAAAAGCUCCUUUUCAUGAAAUUUUUAUUUGAUUCGUAUUUUGGAAGUUACUCUGCAGUCUGUGAGAGUGGAAUGGUGCGAAACAGCAGGUGCUGGCAAGAGGAAUGCAAUACGUGAUAAAUGGCAACUUUGUUCAUAUUCAACUGCUGAAUCUUUACAGAACCAGAAUAUAUAUGAAAAUAAAAAACAUAAAUACAAAAAAUUGUAACUGAUUGGAAAUUCAUUUAAGGAAAUAAUAUAUACAUAUAUAUAUAUAUAAAUAAAUAUCUAUCGAAUAAAAAAGAUUAAACUAUCGAUUAUGCUAUCGAAAAAUGUAGCUUUUAGCAUUUUCGCUUUUCGCUGAUUGCCUAACGAAAAAAAAGCAACAAAGGAGAUCGCAGAAAUGAAACGUAGAUGUCACUACUAUAAAAACAGUAUUUUAAGAAGUGUUUCACCUUUGUUUUUAAUAUUAUAUUUCCUAUUUUGUGUGACUAUUUAUUAAUUUCCCCAACUUCCUUACGAGGUAUAACUACCUAAGCGUAUUUUCUGUUUUCUAUUCUGUUUGUCGUAUUAUUGGUAGUCAUAUUUGUUAUUAUGAAUAUUUGUAUUUUUCGUUGUUUUUAAUCACACCCAACCGUCCCAUCAUAAACAGCCAUUUUUCUAGGGCAGCAAGAAAAGUGUAUCUUUUCUUUUGAAGCAAAAAAAAAAGUUCAAAACCACGCAUCACGCAUCUCUGUGCUCCUUUAUGUCUAUUUCUCAAGCUGAAAUAUACCGUUUGACUAAUCAUAGCACAUCAAAUCUAGGAGUACUAUAUAUUUGAUCAACAAAAUCUGUGAGUGAAAUACGAAACUGUUCAUCUGACUAGCACGGAACAAACUCAACAUGAAUUGUGAAAAUGGAAAAGUUAUUUACAAAAAAAAUAUAUUGUUUGAGGAUAACGAAAAACAGAUUCAACUAUAUUAAUUGAUACAAAAUAAGACCUACUACACAAGAUAAGGUUGGACAUGAUGCAUACGAAAUACAUCCACGGCAAAAUAUAAAAAAAAUCAUUCAUUAGAACACAAUGGAAUAGUAGAGUAUUACAACAAUGGUAGCUAUAAAACCGCUACUGGUAAAAAACAACAUUGAAACACAUUUAAAAUUGAUCAAACGAAGAUUUGAAACAGAAAUAGAUUUAAU